GGGCGGGACACGGGGACAAAACUUGAAACUUUGUUAGUGAAAAAAGAACUGAAGUGUGUGUUUGUGCCGUGUCUUAAAGUUUAACUAUUAUAAAGCUCAAGCAAAAUGCCCGGUGGGAAGGCUGGUAAAGAUGCUAAAGUAAAAGCUAAAGCCGUGUCGAGAUCAGCUCGUGCUGGACUACAGUUUCCUGUGGGUCGUAUCCAUCGACACUUGAAACAAAGGACGACAAGUCAUGGGCGAGUUGGUGCUACAGCUGCUGUCUACAGUGCAGCCAUUUUGGAAUAUCUGACGGCAGAGGUACUGGAGUUGGCCGGGAACUGCAGCAAAGACUUAAAAGUAAAGCGUAUUACACCACGUCACUUGCAGCUUGCCAUUAGAGGAGACGAAGAAUUAGACUCUCUCAUUAAGGCCACCAUUGCUGGAGGAGGUGUACUACCACACAUUCAUAAGAGUCUUUUGACCAAAAAGACAAAGCCACAAUAAACUUCAUAUGGACCAUAUGCACACACACACACACACAUCAUCUUUUGCUUUUUUAAAAGAACUCUAACUUGGUUUGUGUAUUUAUCCCUCCACACCA